AUGAGGGGCCUUGGUCCAAGUCUCAGGCAAACACUUUCCUAUGCUGCGGGCGGUGAAACAGACAAGCCGCUGACGGCAAGACAGAAGGUGGCAUUACCAAAGAUAGACUUGUCCGUCGUGGAGCACUUGAAGAAUCCCUUCCACCGCUAUGACCUGUCAGCCCGCUCCUUCACCCACGACGAGAAGCGAGAGAUGAAGGACUCUGCCCGAAAUACUUACCGGCCCGACUUGCAGCCUGCGUGGCUGAAGCAUGACCGUCACGUUCUACGGUUCUAUGCCUACUUCCAGGAGGCCGUGCACGAGAACCCGAAGGAGAGUUUCCGGAUCCGAGCUUGCAACGUCUACUUCUACCUGGAAGAUGGGACGAUGAUGGUGACGGAGCCGAAGGUCGAGAAUUCGGGGAUUACGCAGGGAACCUUCGUGAAGCGGCACCGCAUCCCAAAGCCCGAAAGCUUGGGAGGUGGCGUGUAUCGAUUCGAGGACUUUCAGGUUGGUAAGGCCAUCUCAGUCUACUCCCGUGUCUUCCGGCUCAUCGGCUGUGACGCCUACACCAGGACCUUCUACGAGUCUGCCCUGGGCCACACGAUGCCGGAGGACGAGGAGCUCCCCAUGGACUCCUUCAAAGCGGCUGACCUUCCCGACGAUGAGGAGCUCGUAUCUUCAAGGCGCGCAGCCCUUCAAGAAGCCAAGGCAUACAACGAGAUUGCCGUGGGAGGCUGCUGCAGAAAUGAGAAGCUACAGCAGUAUCUGGAGAACGAUCGGAAGGUUCUGCGCUUCAACACCUUCUGGGAUGACCAUACCAAGUACGGCUCGCGCAAGUAUUAUACGAUGCACUACUACCUCGCAGAUGACACGAUUGAGAUGCUGGAGAACAUGUCAAGGAAUGCAGGCUGUGCUCCAUACCCAAUGUUUUGGCGGCGGUCGCCGCUGAGGAAGAAUCCAUACAUCGCCCCGGCGCCCGGAAUGCUCGAGCCCCCGCCGCAGAUUUACAAGCCUGAGGAUCUCAUAGUUGGCGAGACGAUUGAUGUCUUGGGCCGUGAAAUCGUGAUCUACGACUGCGACGACUUCACCCGCAGCUUCUACAGAAGCUACAUGGGCUUGGAGCAGGCCAGCAUCAAGAUCGACCACCCGCCUUUGACCCACGCAAAGCUCAGGUACCCACCCUACAAUGGAUUCGGGUCUGAGGAAGACUCCCUCGCAAGCUGCAAGGGCCUCAUCUGCAAGCCUCCUCGGCGGGAUGAGCAGAAGGAGCUGGCAGACGCGGACAAGGUGCUCCGUUUCGAGGCAGUCUUGGCAGAUGAUGUGGAGGAGAAUGAAACCAGAAGGUUCGUGGUGGCGAUCUGGCUCGGAGACGACAGUGUUGGUGUUUGGGAGAUCAAGCAGCGAAACUCUGGGCACUCGGCAGGCAAGUUUGCCAGCAAGUCGCGCAAGAAGAACCCCGCCACAGGCAAAUGGUUUAAGCCGGAAGAGUUCUACAUCGGUGCCACAGUGGCCAUUAGUGCCAGCCCUUUCCACCUCACCGGUGCUGAUGAGAAGGCACUUUGCUACAUGGAGGAGAACUCAGCACAAUUUGUGGUGUCGAAUGUGGACGCCAUCCUUGUCAAACUUCGUGGCCUGAAGGAGCACUUGCAGAAGCAGAGCGGGUUCGUCAGCGGCGCAGGUCUUAAAAGGAUGGCCGAGGACCGAGGCCUUUCGCUCUGCGAGCACGAGGUGCUCACGCUUUCCCGGCGCUUCGGCCCCUUGAAAUGCACUGAAGGCAAAACCUACGGCCGCCUUGCGGGCCUGACCUUGCCAUGCGUUUAG